AUGCAGCACCUCGUGCUGCUGCAGCGGCCCCCCGGCAGCUUGGGGCCUCGGCCCGUUACCCGCUUGCGGAGCAGGCGGCCCAAUGCGGGUCGCCACACGGUCCUCUGGGCCUCGUCGGGUGACAAGAGCGGCAACGGCGAGUCCCCCCCGUCGGCCCUGCCCGAGCACGCCACAGAGGUGAUGUCUCCCACCAUGGGCAGCGACUCGCCCACCAAGAAGGACCCCAGGAAGGCGGAGCUGGUGGCGGCCAAAAAGGCGGAGCGCACGGCCAUCAAGAAGGCGGAGCAGCAGGAGAAGCGGCUGGAGCAGCUGCGCGGCAAGGUGGCGAUCCUGCAGGAGCAGCUGCGGGUGCUGAUGUCACAGAUGCACAACACGGUGGCUGAGGACAUGCGCAAGCAGCUGGCAGACCAGGAGGCAGCUGCCAAGAAGCUGCAGAAGGAGCUGGAUGAGGCGAACGCCGACCGCGAGCAAGUGCAGCAGAAGAUGGCCGCCGCGGAGAGCAGGACCGCCAAGCUGGAGGCGCAGCUGGCUGCCUCUGCCGGCGAGAGCGGCCGCCUGCAGGAGCGCUUUGCGCAGCUUGAGAGAGAGCUCUUCGCGGCGCAGCAGGCCGCGGCGGUGGCCCAGGCGCAGCUUGCUGUGGAGGGCGAGAACGACGGCCCUGUCAAGGCGCUGGGCAGGGCGCAGGCAGCCAUCGACAUGGCCGCGGCGGCUGCCCAAGACGCCAAGGUCGCUUCGGACGCGGCGGCGGGGCGGCUGGCGGCGGCCGCCGCCGACCUGGAGGCGGCUCCCGGCGAUGACGAUGAGGACGGGUAUCUGCAGGACGCGCAGCAGGCCCAGCUGCUGGACCAGCUGCGGGGGAAGGUGGUGGUACUGCAGGAACAGCUGGUGGUGGCCCAAGACAUGCGGCUGCAGCUUGCGGAGCAGGAGGCAGCUGCCGCGCAGCUUCGCACCGCCAAGGAGGAGGCCGAGGCGGCUGCCGCCCAGCUGGAGGUGUCUAAGGAGGCGGCCGAGGCGGCGGUGGCGCAGAUGCGCUCCCAGCUGGCAUCCGCGCAGGAGCAGGCGGCCGAGGCACGGCGGCAGGCGGAGGAGGUGGAGGACUACAAGCGGCGCCUAGUCGAGGCCCAGAACGCGCUGGAGGGUGCCAACUCCAAGGCAGACUCAGCCACCAGUGAGAGAGACAAGCUCAAGCAGGAGCUGGAGGCGGUGCUGCGGUCAGCAGACACAGCGGCCGGCCAGGUGGAGGAGACGCGGCGGCGGCAGGAGGAGGCCGAGGAGGCGCUGCGGCGGCAGGAGGAGGCGGCGGCGCAGCUCCUGGGCAGGCUGGAGGCGGCUCUCGCCGACUGCAAGCAGAUGCGGGGCCAGCUGGCUUCAGCUGAGGGCAAGAUUGGAGAGAUGGGAUCUGAGCUGGCGAUGGCGGCUGGGGAUCGGGAGGUGCUUCGCCACCAGCUCCUUCAGCUGGAGGGCGAGCUGUCGUCGGCGCGCCUGUCGGCCCAGGACGAGCAGCAGCGGCUGCGCAGCCAGGCUGCCGAGCUGGCCGCGCAGCUGGAGGAGGCGCGGCGCGAUGCGGCCGCCGCCCAUGACCUCGCCGCCGCGGAGCGCGAGCGGGUGGCGGCGCUGGAGCAGGCCCGCUCGGCUGCUGCCCAGGAGAUGGAAGCGGUGCGGCAGCAGCUGUCGGCGCAGGAGGCGGAGGCGCGGCGCAUGCAGCAGGAGGCCAGCGACUACCGGCGCCAGCUGGCGGAGGAGGAGGCAGCUGCGCAGCAGCUGCGCCACGACGGCGACGCCAUGCGGCAGCAGCUGGCCGAGAAGGAGGCUGCCACGCAGCGGCUGCAGCAGGAGGCCGACGAUGUCCGCACCCGGCUGGCGGACAGGGAGAGGGCGGCGGAGGAGCUGCAGAGGGACGCGGAGGCGGUACGCCGCCAGCUGGCGGACAAGGAGGCAGCCGCCGAGCAGCUGCAGCGGGACGCCGACCACGCGCGGCAGCAGCUGGCGCAGCAGGAGGGGGACGCCCGCCACGCGCGGCAGGAGCUGUCUGCGGCGCAGCAGGCGCUGGUGAGGGAGGAGGCGGAGGUGCGGCAGCUCCGUCACGAGGCCGAGGGCCUGCGGCAGCAGCUGUCGGCGCGGGACGGUGACCUGCAGCACCUGCAGCACGAGGAGGCGGCAGCUGCCGCGCAGCUGCGGCGGGAGGCCGAGGGCCUGCGGCGCCAGCUGGCGGCGGAGGAGGCGGCGGCGCAGCAGGCGCAGCGCGAGGCCGCCGCCCUGCGGCAGCAGCUGGCGCAGCAGGAGGCGGCGGCGCAGCAGGCGCAGCGGGAGGCGGGGGAAGCCAGGCAGCAGCUGGCGCGCCAGGAGGACGCCGCCGCCAGGCUGGAGCGCGAGGCGGGGGAAGCCAGGCGCGUGCUGGCAGAGCAGCAGGCCGUGGCCGUGCAGCUGCAGCGCCAGGCUGACGAGGCGCAGCGCGCGCUGCAGCACCAGGAUACCGUGGCGGCGCAGCUGCGGCAGGCGCGCGAUGCCCUGGAGGAAGAGGUAUCCCAGAUGCGCUGGCAGCUGGCAGAGGGCGCCGGCUCCGACCAGGCGCAGCGCUCCGCCCAGGGCGGCGCCUCCGAGCUGCAGUCGGGGCUGGAGCAGGCGGCGGCGCAGCGCGCGCAGCUGCAGCAGCAGCUAGGGGAGGCGGAGGACAAGGCGUCCACGGUGGAAGCUGAGCUGGCGGUGGUGAUGGGGGAGCGGGACCGCCUGCAGGACCGUGUGACCCAGCUGGAGGAGGAGAUGGAAGCCGUGCGGCGCUCGGCGGUGGAGGAGCAGCAGCAGGAGAAGGCAGAGCUGCAGCACCGGGUGGCGGCGCUGACGGAUGAGCUGGAGGAGGCGCAGCAGCUGAGCGCCGCCGCAGCCAAGGCGCUGAUGGCGGCGCAGCAGGAGCGGGCGGCGGCGCUGGAGCAGGCGGAGCGGGAGGUGGCUGAGAUGCAGGAGCAGCUGCGGAUGCGGGACCAGGAGGCCCGCUUCUCCCUGGCGGCCAUGGCGGCCAGCGAGAAGCAGCUGGGCACGGUGCGCACGUCGUGGCAGCAGGAGGUGCAGCGGCUGUCGGGGCACGCCAACGAGCUGGCCGACCAGCUGGAGCAGGCCUGGAAGGACGCUGCCGCCGCCAAGGCCGCGCUGGCAGAGGCGGGGUUGGGGCAGCAGCGGGUGGCAGACCUGGAGGCUCAGGUGCAGCGGCUUGAGCAGGAGCUCUCCUCCCUGCGCUCAGGCACGCAGCAGGAGCAGCAAGGCCUGGCCGAGCGCGCCUCCCAGCUGGCAGGCCAGCUUGAGGCGGCCAAGCGGGAGGCGGCUGCCGCCCGCGGCGACGUCGAGUUUGCGGAGGACCGCGCCGCGCUCCUGGAGCGCUCGUGGGCGGAGGCGCAGCGGGAGGCCGAGUCCCUGCUCAGCCAGAAGCACAGCGUGCAGGCGCAGCUGGAGGAGGCGCAGCGCCAGGCGGCGUCGCUGGCGGGGCAGCUGGAGGAGGCACGGCGCGAGGCGGCCGCCGCCACCACGCUGUCCGCCGAGCUGACGGCGGCGCGCAAGGAGAUGGCGGCGGCCUCGGCCCUGGUUGCGGUGGAGCGGGAGCGCAGCGCCGCGCUGGAGCGGGCGCGCGCCGAGGCGCAGCAGGGCCUGCGGGACCUGCUGCGGCAGAAGGAGAGCCUGCAGGCGGCCGUGGACCAGGCCCAGAGCGAUGGCGCUGACCUGGCGGCGGGGCAGGGCGCCGAGGCGGCGGCUGAGGUGGCGGCCGCGCGGCGCGAGAUGGCGGCGGCCUCGGCCCUGCUGGCGAUCGAGCGGGAGCGGCGGGCGGAGGUGGAGAAGGCGCGGGCCGCGGCGCAGCAGGAGGCGGCGGCGGCCCUGGAGGCCAAGCGACAGGCAGAGGCGGCGCUGGAGCGGGCGCUGGGUGAUGCCGCGGCCCGGGCUGCCGAGGUGGCGGAGGUGCAGCGGGAGGUGCUGGCGCUGCGGGAGGAGGCGGUGGGCGAGGCGGCGGCGCUGGAUGCGCAGCUGGAGCAAGUGCGGCAGGAGGUGGCGGCGGCGGCGGCCAUGGCGGCUGACGUGGACGCCGCGCGCCGCGAGAUGGCGGCGGCCUCUGCCCUGGUCGCCAUCGAGCGGGAGCGCAGCGCCGCGGCGCGGGCAGAGUCGCAGCAGGCAAGCGAGGGGGACGGGGGCUGCGGGUCUGGCAGGCGGGGGCCGGCCGGGCCUGGGAGCGGGCGGGCGCGGCGGAUGCCCGCCAAGCGGCGCUGCUGCUGCGCAUGUGAGCUGCUGGCCGUGCGCGGCGAGAAGGAUGGCCUGCUGUCGGCGCUGCAGGCGGCCCAGCGCGAGUCUGCGGAGCUUGCAGCGCAGCUGGAGGAUGCGCGGGGCGAGGUGGCGGCGGCACGGGCGCUCAUGCCUGCCGACCUCGCGGCGCAGCUGGAGGAGGCGCGGCAGGCGGCGGCGCAGGAGCGGCGGCGCAGCGCGGUGCUGGAGCAGGCGUGGAGCGCGGCGCAGGAGGCCGCCGACGAGAGCCUGCGCCUGCUGCAGCUGCACAACGCAGACAUGGAGACGCUUCAGAACCAGCUGUUUGAUGCCAUGGGUGCCAAGCAGAACGGCAACGCCAACAACAAGGGCGGCGGCUGA